UUUUUGGGUUUGAAAAACUUGCAGAGGUGGAGGUAACCGUAAGGAUGUCUUUAUAUAACCAGAGAAUGUCUAAUAAGGGGAGAACUUAUUAGUACAUUGGUACAAUGGGGCUAAUAGGGAGUGAGAUAGGGAGUGAACAGGCUCUCCAUAGACAGGCUCUGAUAUAGCCUACAGUUGUUGCUACAACGAGGGAAUUUGACUGAAGGUGGGCGGAUCUUUGCGGUGACGUUUUCGGUACGUGAGGCAGUAUCACCUUUGGACUGUUUCCUCCCUGUGGAUUAGCACCGGUUACACCUGUCGAGUUACUUUUAACCUGUGAAAAAAUACCUAAAGUGACAAAGACAAAGUUGUAGAAAAAGUUGUGGAUUGUUUCGGUGAUGUGACCGGCGUAAAAACAGAGAAAUCAACCCAUAAUGACUUUUAGCAGCUGAACCUUUGCUAACAGUCAGACUAUGGACAGUGAAACAGGUAUUGACUGAAAAAAAGAGAAAAUUUAAUUUAACAACUAAAACAAUGUCAACAAUGUCUGGCCUAGGGGGUUUAAUCAUAGAUGCAGAGCUACAAAUAGCAGAAAGUAAAAAGCCAGAAGAGAGCAACAGCAUAGAGGAAAGACAGAGGGUUACAGAUGAGGAAGAAGAAGAAGAAGAAGAAGAAGAAGAAGAAGAAGAAGAAGAAGAAGAAGAAGAAGAAGAAGAAGAAGAUGAUGAUGACUCAAAGGAGGAAGAGGAAGUGACAAACUCAGCUCAUCUGGAGCCGAGCACUCUGCCAUGGCCUGGUGACAAAGACAAGAGGCCUCAGAUGGACAAUGACCAUGGAGUCUGGUCAGAAAAGGGAGUCUGGGAGCCUGAAGAGAGGGACACGGGGAUCAUUGGAGGGAGCCAGGACCUGUCGGAGGAGCAGAGCCAGGCCAAGAGCAACACAAAGAGCAAAUGGAGGGAGAGCAUGCCUGAGGGCGAGAGGUGGAGGGACGAUGAGAUGGAGGUGCAGCGGGACGAUAAAGGUGAUGGCUCACUAGCAGACGAUGAAGAGGAGGAGGAGGAGGAGGAGGAGGAGAAAAAAGAAGGAAAGUCGAAUUGGAUCCCAGAGAAAGCUUUUCUGGGUUUCUCUCCACAAGUCACAAUCGUGCGUCCGUCCAGCAAAGAGCUUCCUGAGAAGAGCCAGCUGUUCAUAGAGGAGCCGCAGACGGAGCCCGACUCAGCAGCUCAGGUUUAUCAAGAGUGGACUAAACAGGACGACAAGUACUACCUGUGCGAGCAUCUGUGCAGUGAAAAACUGAAGCUGGCUCUGGCGACGGCGGCCGCAGGGCUUCUCUUCCCUCUCCUGGUGUGGGGAGGUUAUGCCCUCCUUCCCUUUGACACACCGCUGCUGCAGAGCACCCCCCUCAGGGUGGUGUACUCUCUACGCUGCUCCUUCUUCGCCACCAUCCCCAUCCUGCUCGGUGUGUUGGUGCAGGGCGUGGCACGGCUGCGCUACAGCGCCCUGAAGCCCCUCUAUCAGAGUAAACUGGUGAACAGAGAGGUGGCGGUGCACUGGCACUACGUCAACGAAUCGCUCGUCCUCUUCCUCUUCUACUUCCUGCAGCUCGCUGUCAUGGCAACCUACAUCAGCCAGGACCUGGUCAAACUAGUGCCGCUGCUCACCAUCAUAUUUGUAAUCGGCAGGCUGAUCUACUGGCUCUGCCUCUCUCUGGGCAGCAGCAUCAGGGGCCUCGGCUUUGGCUUCUCCUUCUUUCCCAUACUGGUCAUGCUGGGCACCAACCUGUACUACGUCUGCUCGUCAGUCGGAGAAGGGGCGGUUUUCGACGUGGAACCUCCCACGACAGCUCCUCCUCCCAGGCUGCGCUGGUGGGGUUAAAGGCAGGCGUACAAAAAGGUGAUGAGGAGUUAAGAGACAAACAACUGUACCACCUUUUUAAUACAACACAACUUGGCUUGUUCUUUUGGUGUCCUAUAAAGUUGUAAUCCUUCAUAUUUAAGUCCUGGUUGAUUUGGCAACAGCUGUAGUUACAUAGGUAACAGCAAGUGUGGUUUAUUACAACAACAAACUCUCCUUGAGCAGCUGUUUUUAUUAUUAAAUUAAUGAUGAUCCGAUCAAAAAUACUCCCAAAAUUGACCGUUUUUGAUGAGCAAUGACAAACGUAUUGCAUUUCCUGUGGCUGAGCCACCACGUGAUUCUCCUGUUGAAUACUUUCAAUUUGAAGCAGCAGUUGGAAAUGUUCGGUUUGCAUCAGCAGUAACAACAGUGAGGCUGUUAUCAAUGAGAUGAAACUGCAUGCAUUGUUUCCUGUUAAUUCAUGGUGUUGUAUGAAGGCAGUCAGGAUUUACAGGACUCCACCACUACCAAUACAAACAUAUGUAGUAUAAAUAAUGAUGUUAUUAAAAUCUCAAGGAAUAUGACUGUUUUUAUAUUGUUCACAAGGAAAUAAAGGAUAUGAAGCAGAAUGUGGGUUAAUUUGUUGCUUGAAUGUCUGUAUAGAAAAAUGAAGAAAUCCAGGGUUAUGAGACAAAGUUUAAAAAGUUUACAUACAACAAAAAAGCUAUUAUGUGCAUGCAAAUUAAAAAGAUGUGGUCUGAAGAAGUG